CCGCUCCACGGCCCCGGAUUCCGCUUCCCCAGCGCCCGCGCGGCCGCGGCAGUCGCCGCUUUCAGGCCCCGAGUCGCCUUCGGAGUCCAUGGCCGGGACGCGCUGGGUCCUCGGGGCGCUGCUCCGGGGCUGCGGCUGUAACUGCAGCAGCUGCCGGCGCACGGGCGCCGCGUGUCUACCCUUUUACUCGGCGGCCGGCUCCUUCCCCUCGGGCGUGUCGGGCCGGCGCCGCCUGCUGCUGCUGCUCGGGGCCGCCGCGGCCGCCGCCUCCGCCUCCCAGACGCGAGGCCUUCACUCGGGGCCUGCGCCCGCCGGGAGGCUGGCGGGCCCUCCGCCGGCGGCCGCCUCCUACGCGGCCCUGCGCGCCCCUCUGCUGCCGCAGGCGCUGGCCGCGGCCGCGGGCCCGGCGCGGGGUUAUUGCCAGGAAUCCAAAACUACCUAUCUGGAAGACCUUCCGCCACUGCCUGAGUACGAAUUGAGCUCAUCUAAGUUAGGGGAGGAAGUGGAUGAUGUUUAUCUCAUUCGAGCUCAAGGAUUGCCUUGGUCAUGCACUGUGGAAGAUGUACUUAACUUUUUCUCAGACUGCAGAAUCCGAAAUAGUGAGAAUGGAAUACAUUUCCUCUUAAACAGAGAUGGGAAGCGAAGGGGAGAUGCCUUAAUUGAAAUGGAGUCAGAGCAGGAUGUGCAGAAAGCCUUAGAAAAGCACCGGAUGUACAUGGGCCAGCGGUAUGUGGAAGUCUAUGAGAUAAAUAAUGAAGAUGUAGAUGCCUUAAUGAAGAGCCUGCAGGUCAAAUCAUCACCUGCAGUAAAUGACGGCGUGGUUCGUUUGAGAGGACUUCCUUACAGUUGCAAUGAAAAAGACAUUGUAGACUUCUUUGCAGGACUGAAUAUAGUAGACAUUACUUUUGUAAUGGACUAUAGAGGGAGAAGGAAAACAGGGGAAGCCUAUGUACAGUUUGAAGAACCAGAAAUGGCCAGCCAAGCUCUUUUGAAACACAGGGAAGAAAUUGGUAACCGAUACAUAGAGAUAUUUCCAAGCAGAAGGAAUGAAGUUCGAACGCAUGUUGGCUCUCAUAAGGGAAAGAAAAUGGCAUCUUCUCCUACUACUAAGUACAUAACUGAGCCAGAAAUGGUAUUUGAAGAGCAUGAAGUAAAUGAGGAUAUGCGACCCGUGACAGCUUUUGAAAGUGAGAAGGAGAUAGAAUUGCCAAAAGAGAUGUCAGAAAAGCUUCCAGAGGCUGUGGAUUUUGGAACUACGCCUUCAAUGCAUUUUGUCCACAUGAGAGGAUUGCCUUUCCAAGCCAAUGCGCAGGACAUUAUAAAUUUUUUUGCUCCACUGAAGCCUGUAAGAAUCACCAUGGAAUACAGUUCCAGUGGGAAGCCCACUGGAGAAGCAGAUGUGCACUUUGAUACCCAUGAGGAUGCUGUUGCAGCUAUGCUCAAGGAUCGUUCCCAUGUUCAGCAUAGAUAUAUUGAGCUGUUCCUAAAUUCAUGUCCAAAAGGAAAAUAAGACUUCCAUGGACUUCAGAUAAUAAGAUUGAAGCAAGAAGCAUUUCGUUUGCACAUCGUCCUUGGACAUGGGAUAUUAAGUUCCAGUUUACUGGUAUCAACUACUAGAGAAAGGAUUUUUAGAUUUUGGAUUUAUUGCUUAUAAGAAAACUUCAUGAUGGAUUGUUUAGAAAGAUAGUUUGAAAUUAUGAAAUAGACCACAAAAUUUCCAUUUAAACUAUCCAGGAUCUGAUUAAGAAAAUAUGGUCUUUAUUUUACAUAAUUAAAGUUUUUUUUCUUGAGUAUUUGGUACCAGUUGUAAAGACUAUAUAUUCAGCACUAUACUUGAAGGUCUUUUUCAAAAGUUAAUCUGUUCAAAGUUUUUUGUUUUUUUUUCUUCAAAGUUUUUUUUUUUGCCUAUGAAUUGAGAGCUCCAAUAUAAAACUUCUCAUGUAUAAUGAUGGUUUAUUAUAACCAAGACCAACAUAAGAGAAGGUUUCAGAUCUUUAAACAAGUAUGGUUUGGCAAAAUAGUUUUCCUUUUAGCUGUAUUUGCAUAAAUAGGGGUAAAAAUGUUAUAAAAAACCAAAAAACGUGGGUUAUUGAGUGCUUAUAUAUAACAACUUGGCAGUUUAUGCUUUUAGAGUUUUGUCUUUCUAAGCCUUAUGCUAAAGGCAUUUAACAUUGGUGCCUGUCUACUUAAGGAGGAAGUCUAGUCUCAGAAGUUGUCUGAGUAACCUCCUUUUGGUUUGGGGUGAAUUUUAAGGGUGUUUUAUUAGACUAGGAAUUGUGUAAAGUGCUAUGUCAAGGCAGUACAGCCUGAUAAGAACAUAAAUGGCUUCACUUGAAUUUAAACCAGCUCUA